CCGCUCCGUGCCCGGCGUCUCCCCGUUCCCUCGUCCGUUGCGCCUCGCUCCCCGCCUCGCACCGCCACAUUCCGACCGUUGGCGCACGGCGAUGGCGGCGAAGCUGACGAUGCGCGUUCUGCUGCUCGUUGUCCUCACCGGUAGCGGGCGGUGGCGGGGCUGGGAGAGGAGCAGCGGGGGCGAUUACGGGCUGCUCUUGUGCCCCGGAGCUGCCGCCAGCAUCCCGCCGGCAUGCGACAAGUACAGCCAUCUGCCUGGAUGUCCGAGGGACUACAACCCAGUCUGUGGGACUGAUGGAAAGACCUACUCCAACGAGUGUGUGCUCUGCCUUUCCAACAGUGAAGAAAAUAAGAAUGUCCAGAUUUACAAGAGCGGAAUGUGCUGAUAAGGCAGAUGACAACUUUUCAAGCAAAUGAGAACAAAGUCCAAAUAGAAAGAGUUCAUUAAAAGUAGCUUCUGUGUAGUCUGUCCUAAUAAAUAAACUUGCAUUUUUAAACCAA